AUUAUGUGUUCUAAUAACAACACACCUGAUGAUGUAUUGAUAACUGAUGAUGAAGUAAAUUAUUCUAGCAUUAGUGAUGAGGAAGAUAAUGUUUCAAUUCGUGAAAUGCACCAACUGGAUGAGGAAUAUAAUGUAGGGGAACAUACAUUACAGAAAAAUGAUGAAUCAAUAUCACUGGAAAGUUUUAAGUACAGUCUUGCAACAACCUAUAAAGUGGUUUCUCUGUUUGACAGACAAUUUCCAUAUACAAAAGAACUUUUUGACCAAUUUCCUCAUCAGAUGAAAAUAUUUGAAAAAAAAUGGAAAGAAAUUGAAAUGAAUAUUCAGAAGGCAAUUGAAGAAAGUUGGGAAAUGUGUAAAACAAAGAAAUUAGUGGAAAAAUACAAUAAAAUAAUUACAAAAAAUUUAGAUGAAUCAACAAGUGUUGAUUGUGAAUCACUCAUCACAACAUUCAGUGAAAAGCCUUAUGAGAAUUUUAGCUACAAGAAUGAUAUUGAAUUAGUCUGGUGUCAGAGGAUUUUUACAGAUUUAACUCUACAAUUUCUAAGUAAUAGAGGUGCUUUGUUGAACAAUGAAACUUCUGAACUUUGCUAUCGUUCUGAGAUUGUAAAUCCUUUACUUUCAGGAGUAUUUAAAACAACUGAACACUCUAUAUGGCUUGAAACCGGAGAAAUUGAAAAUGAAAUACAAAAACUGCAGCUAAAUGACGCUAAAAAAGAUACAGAUCGAUCCAAAAUAGGAAUGAAACAUGAUGGUGUAAUCAAUAUGAUAAUUCAUGGAAGAAAGUGUCAAGUUGGAUUUCUUGAGGUAGUAGGUAAUUCCUUUGACAAAGAUAUAACUAAUAGAAAUAUUGACUUGAAGAAAUUAUAUAAAGCUAUGGCAUUAUCAUUAUGGGAUCAAUGUGCACAUCUAUAUGAAGAGAAUUUGGUGAAAAAAUUACAAGCUUUUGCAAUAUUAGUUCAUGGAAGAGUUUUUAACUUCUUAAGCAUGCAUUGUAUUAACAAUAAAUUUGUGGUUAAAAAUUGUGAUGACUUUAUAUUGCCAACUACAAGCGAAUGUCUAUCAAGAAUACCAAAAAUAAUAGAAGCAAUCAUAAAGUUUAAGAUAAGAGUUAUGAAAUAUCAACGGGAACAUAAGAGUAUCUCUUAUAAAAUUGUUCGGUCACCAAUUGAUAGCCCACCUGAUGUAUCACCACCAUCAAAAAAAAGGAAAUGA